GGAAAUCCACUGCCGAGAAAUAUUUCACAAGGUGUUAUAGUAAGUAAUCAUUCGCUGGUACUGCAAGGUGUAACAAGGUCAACUGCAGGAAAUUAUUCCUGUGUUGGUUUUAAUGCGGAAGGUGAAGGAAACAGCCCACCGUUUUCUUUAAAUAUUUUAUAUGCUCCAACCUGUGUACCAAACCAACCAAGAAUAUAUGGUGUAGCUAAACAAGAAGAUGCGAAAAUUAAAUGUUCUGUUGACGCUAAUCCCCCAGAUGUCGAUUUUACUUGGACAUUUAAUAACUCAGCUGAAAGUAUUGAUGUUGCAACUAAUCACAUUUCAAGACUAGGAACAUCAUCAACAGUAACGUACACUCCCAUUACAGAACUGGAUUAUGGAACAUUAUUGUGCGUGGCAACAAAUAAAAUUGGAAAACAACGAAUUCCUUGUAUAUUUCAUAUAAUUGCGGCAGGUCGCCCUGAUCAAGUUCACAAUUGUACUCUUACAAAUAUAUCAAUGACAUCUCUAACAGUAACCUGCACUGAUGGUUUCAAUGGAGGCCUUCCUCAGCUUUUUAUCUUAGAAUUGGUUGAUACUCAAACAAAUGAAAUCAAAGCUAACAUCACCUCAACUAUACCGCGAUUUACUGUUUCAACAUUAUCACCUGGAGGACUAUAUACCUUAUCAGUUUAUGCAUUUAAUUCUAAGGGUAGAUCUGAUCCAACUAUUCUAAGUGCUGCCAUGUUGAGAAUGCCUGAGAAACAACUGACGUUUGAACCAGGUGAUAAAUCUAGAUCUGAUCUUUUAGUAUCUCCAAUGAUUUCGCUAACUGUUGGAUUAACAUUGGUGGUUUUAGUGGCAGGAUUGGCUGUUAUUUUAGCAUUACGAGUACCAUGCAAUAGUUCCCGACGAAGACAAAAAGAAUUUCCUAAUGAUCAAGAUUCAAGAAAUGGAUCUCCUGGACCAAGUGAAAAGAGUGCGGGUAGUAAAGAACUGGAAGGAAAUGAUGAUGAAAAAAACCCGGAUGUAGUACCAGAAUCAAUGGAUCCUGAUGAACAAAUCGAUUUCAUUAGACGUAAGCAACAAAUUUCUACAAUUGAAUCAAGCUGUAGUCCCACUAGAAAUCUUUUAACAAACACACCUCCACCUCAACAAUACGCAUCAGGUAUGACUCUUCAUUCGUCACAUAACAUGGGAUAUUGUACUCUGCGAAGUGGAUUACAAACAUCUUCAGUUGUGGGAUCUCUUUCAAUGAAUGUUACACCACACGUUUACUCGAGUUCCAUAGCACAAUGCACACUUCCGCGGCAUACAAACCAGCAUUUGUGGACAAACUACAAUAAUAUAUUAACAGGAGUAGGACACAUGCAGCCAAUUACAACAAUGCAUCAACAAACACUGCCAACAACAUCCAAUAUGAAUCAAGUUCCAACGCAUUCAGAGCAGCACAAUUCUUCCUCAGCAGUUAAUGUAAUCCAAGCAGCUAAUAUGUCAUCAAUGGCUAGUAGGACACAUAAUUUCCAGCCAGGAAUUCAACAAAUCCAUCGAGCCAGAGUUUGUGUCGACAUGGGUAGCAGUGGUAUUCAUACUAUGGAGCCCGCAUGCCUUUCGGACGAAGAAGUAACAGCCCAAACUCCGCUUAUGAUGAAACGCGAAAGUACAGUAUGACUAUAGGAUUCUCACAGGGUUACCGACACAGCCCUGUGACAUCAUAUUAGACUAGGUAUUGACACUAAUUGCGAAAUUGUACACACCGAACCACCAGAUUAUGUAUAAAUUAAAACAAUCUUCAGAUAAUUAUAUUAAAUAUAACUCAGGAUUUGUUUAUGUUUACAACAGAAGAAAAUGAAGUGUCAAAUUAUAUUCAUAAUAAACGAAUAACAACCAUUAUCCUGCAAAAUGAUUGUAAGUUUCGAGAAGUGUAGUAAAAAAAAA